UUAUUGUGUUCGUCUGUGUGGUGAAGUGUCUUUAACUAAUACAGUGAUUAUUGAUUGUAUUAAGGGUUCAUUAAGUGCUAAUUAACGAAGUCUCUCUAAAACAAUUGGCACCGGAAAUCCGGCAUGCGCUGGACUCGGCCAGUAUAUUAUAGAUGACUUAUCGGUGGUGAACGGCAAUGCUGGGUGCAUGGAAUUGUCGUUCGCCGGGCAAGUCUGUAUGUCUCCUCCCACUCCCGCUCCAUCUCAACAAAUGGAAAGUGAUCGUUCAACGAACCCGAAAGCCGAAGAUACUCAUUCGUUAGAAGAAACUGGCAACCUCGCCUUUACAACUGUUCAAAGAGAGUCCUGCAAACUUUUCUACCGGGCAGAUCCUCUGAAAAUUGUGCGUGCUGAAGGGCAGUACAUGUUCGACGAGAAAAACAAUCGAUACUUGGAUUGCAUCAACAACGUCGCCCACGUGGGACAUUGCCAUCCAGAUGUUGUGAAAGCUGGGAGUGAUCAACUUGCUUUGUUGAACACCAAUAACAGAUUCCUUCAUGACAAUUUGGUGGUCUGUGCAAAAAAAUUGUCUGGAUUAAUGCCUGAGCCUUUGUCUGUGUGCUUUCUUGUCAACUCAGGCUCUGAAGCAAAUGAUCUGGCUAUGCGUCUUGCUCGAGCUCACACCAAGAAUCAUGAUGUGAUCACAUUAGACCACUGGAAGAGGAGAAGACUGUGUCCUGAUGGGGGAUGACUUCAUUCUGCUCUUCAAUCUUUUCUUUGCUUUUUAGUUUUUAUGAGAUUUUUAACUUAGGGCAAAUAAUUGUCAUAAUUCUAUAUUUGUCUAUUUGUACUUUCUGCUGUUCCUUUGUUUUCUUCCUGUCUGUUCGUGAAUGCUGAGCGUGGUAAGGGAUUUCCAUGCAAAUUGUUCCAGUGCCUACCAUGGGCAUCUUACCACACUGAUUGACAUCUCACCAUAUAAAUUUAAUCAUCCAGGGGGCAGUGGUAAACCUGAAUGGGUUCAUGUGGCUCCAUGUCCUGAUGUAUACAGAGGAAAGUUUCGAGAUGUUGAUUAUCCUAAUCAAGACCUUGGUAAAAAGUAUGCUGAUGAAGUGAAGAAUAUUUGCAAAAAAGCUAGAGAGGAUGGACGCUCCAUUUGUGCUUUUAUUGCUGAAAGUUUGCAAAGUUGUGGUGGUCAAAUUAUAACUCCACCAAAUUAUUUUCGCAAUGUUUACAAGUAUGUUCGGGAGGCAGGAGGAGUCUGCAUAGCAGAUGAAGUUCAAGUUGGUUUUGGGAGAGUUGGUAAGGCUUGGUGGGCCUUUCAGCUUCAGGGAGACGACGUUAUUCCAGAUAUAGUGACUGUUGGAAAACCUAUGGGUAAUGGAUAUCCUGUUGCUGCUGUUAUCACCACUCCUGAAAUAGCCCGAAGUUUCAGAAAUACAGGAAUGGAGUAUUUCAAUACAUAUGGUGGAAAUCCUGUAUCAUGUGCCAUUGCCAAUGCAGUGAUUGAUGUCUUGGAAAAGGAAAAGCUGCGAGACCAUGCAACCAGAGUGGGAAACCAUCUUUUGAAUCUUGCUCGACAGCUAGCCACUAAACAUACACUCAUUGGUGAUGUGAGAGGUGUGGGUCUCUUUGUUGGUAUUGAAUUGGUAAAAGACCGUGAAUCUCGUACACCCGCCACUGCUGAGGCACAACAUAUUAUUACAAGGAUGAAAGAAGAAUUUAUUCUUAUCAGCUCUGAUGGUCCAGACAGGAAUGUGUUGAAACUAAAACCUCCAAUGGUUUUCACCCAUGAAGAUGCAGAACAUGUAAUUAAAAUCCUUGAUGAAGUUUUGACAGAAGUGGAAGAUGAGCCUCCACGAAAAAUUAAUACAAACUCUCCUGAAAGAAGAAAACUUGAAGAUGGUUACAUGUCAUGUAAUGAAAAGAAAAUUAGAAUUGAUGAUCAACAGAAAGAAAUCAUAUCUAAGUCAUAAUUUAUUAUUUUAUGUUAAACUCCCAGUUUUUAAAUCUUUUAAACAUGAAGAGCAUGUGAAAAAAGUGCAAGUUUGCUGUGAUUUCGGAUUAUAACUGUGUACCUGAAAUGAAGUAACAAAGAGUUAGAAAUAUUGUGUUAUACUAACUUAAAAGAUUUCAUUAUAAUGUUAACAUAAAAUUAUCACAGUGAUGCUUAUUUUGUAUGUACUCUUGAAGUAUUUUAUAACUAGGUACUCAUUAUGAUAAAGAUUUUAUAGAUUUAUUACUCUGAGCUUAUCUGUAUCAGAUAUUGAUGUUAUUUCAAAUUAUUCUCUUGUAUUCAAAUGAAAUGUAUGUAUUUUUGUAUAUUAAACAUAAUAAAUAUUAUUACUUUGAACAUUGGGAAGAAAUACAAUUUCUAAACAAUACUAUUUUUCAAAUAUUCCAGUUAAAAGUGACUAAUUGGUCUUAAAAAUUUGAUUUCUGGACAUGAAUUAAAUAUGUCCUUCAUGAAGAUGCAGUCACUAUAAAAAGAAGUGAGUUCAUAAUUACAAGAAUAGAUUACUGUCUACAUAAUGAUUUCAUAAUUUUGGUAUGAAACUUUUUAUUACUAACAAAAAAUAAUUGUUAAAAAUCUUGUAUAGAGAUGAAGUGGAAUGAUAAGAUGAUGUUCUGGAUUUGACCCUACAUGACCUGUAAUGAACAAAAUUCAUCAUUUAUGAUGGGCAAUAAAAUCAUUAUCAAAACUGUAAUUAAAAGUGAGAAAUAAGUAAAAAGAACUGGUGUAGAUCUAGGAUUUAUUAUAGUUACUUUCCCUCCACUUCCCCCUCUUACUGUAAAUGAGACCACAGAAUACUU